AUGACUCCUAAUCGUGUGCCUCUUGAUUUAGUAACUUUUAAACCAAUUGAACAAAACUCUCAACCUCAGAGAAAUACUAAUGACUUACUAAUACAAACGAAAACUCAAUUAACAAGUACUGAAAUUAAACAAGAGGAAGACGCUAAAAUAAAAUUAGAAGAGGAGGAGAUGAAUGGUGCUCCGAAUAACGUCUCUGAAGUAAAACUAGAGCAACAGCAUUCACGUCCUCAACCAUGGCGUCAACCGAGUGAAUCUCGACAGCACCUAUCAUCUCAACCAUCUGAUCGUCCGCGCGGUGCCAAACGUAAACAAUCUUAUCAAAGACGUGAUAGCUGGUGGGAUAAUCGCGAUCGUGAUCAAGACAGAGAUGGAAUGAGAGGUGAUUCGAGAAAUGAUCGUGGUGAUCGUGGUCGAAAUCAGGACAAUAGACGUGGGCGUCAACAACCACGUAAUCGAGGUCGUGAUUGGGACCGAGGUAGAGAUAGAGAUCAUCGUGAACGUGAUCGAGA